AAUACAAGAUACAUAUUUAUAAAAUUAUAAUUAAAACAAUAUCACGUCUUGAAAGGAUGUCAAGUAAAUAGUAUAGCGACGGUUAAUGAUAAAGUUUCUUUAAGGCCGAAAGAGGAAGUUUAUUAUACACGUACUUGUGGUUUUUUUCAAUCGUCAUAACUUUUCAGUGGCGCGUUUAUUUCAUUCAAUAAAUAUCGAUGAGUCAGUGACACCAGGUUAUAACGUAGUGAACAAGAUUGAAGAUAUUCUCAGUUUAUAUAGGAUAUAAAGUAAAAUAAGUAGAACAAUGGCAUAUUUGUACUUGAAAUUAUCAACUUCCAAAGAGCUAAAUACAUCAUCAGAGUCAUUAUCUUCAAAUCUAUCGACAUCAGACAACUCAUUUACAUGGUCGAGCGAAGAAAAAGAAGAAGAUGAAGUUUAUUUCCAGAACAAUUUAGACGUCUCUGACGAAUGUGAAUGUGAUCAAUGUUACUCGGGGGCUUAUAGAAAAUCAGCGUGUGGCCCAAGGACAGUGUGUUGGUUUAUUUCAUCAUUAAAUAAUGAGAUUACAGACCUGCGAAAUAGCAAACAACAUCUCCAGGAAAAUUUGAUUAAGAAAGAUAGGGAAAUAAAGGAUAACAAUUCGGUAAUUGAGAAAUUAGAAGAGCAAUUCAAAAUGGUGAGUGAGAAACUUGAGCAAAUACGUAACACAACUGAUAAACGUAUACAAGAACUUGAAGAGCAACUGAAUGAAAAAGAUCAAAAUACAACGGAGAAGACUAAGGCGAUUCAUUCUUUGGAAAAUCAAUGCAAAAUUACACAAGAACUUGAAGAAAAACUGAAUGAGAAAGAUAGAGAUAUAAUAGAGAAGAAUGAAGUGAUUGUCGCUUUGGAAAACCAAUGCAAAUUGUAAGUUUAACCAGCAAAAAAUAACA